AAGGGGAAAGAGCGUUAAAUAAAACAGCGCAGCGGAUUUUCCAUAGUUAAUUUACAACUCAGAUUCACACGCAGUCCAUAAGAAGACACACCUUUUUGUGUUUCUAUUUCUCACUCGGAAAAUACAAUGACGAUGAUUCUGUUCUAACUUCUAACAUUGCUUCUGUGUCUCUAGAUUUUUUCCCUUUGAUUUUUUUAGCUUGCUGUUUUUUUUGGCACUGGUCAUUAAGGGUGAAUUAGGGAUGAGCAAGAAAACUUCGGAAUCCCCAAAAGAUGUUCCUGCCGUCAAUUUACCCUCUCUCAGUGACGGCUUUUAUGAAGUCGAAGCUAUUCUUCGUAAGAGGGUCCGCAAGGGUAAGGUGGAGUAUUUUGUCAAAUGGUUCGGAUGGGAUGAGUCAGCAAACAGCUGGGAGCCUCCAGAGAGCUUAAUUUGUGUUCCUGAUGUUGUUGAAGCUUUUGAAGAGAGCUUGAAAUCAGCAAAGCAACAGAAGGGCAAACGCAAACAUGGUGAUAGCAGCAGUCUUGGAAGUGCCAAACAUGCUACUGAUGAAAGCUCUGUGAAUGCUCCAGAAGAGGUUACUGAGUAAGGUGAUAAUGGGGCUGAAGGUAGUGGGGCAGGGGGUGGCAGUAGAGAGGCUGCUGAAUGUUAUUGGAAUGGUUAUUACUUUAGUUUGAUUUGGGAUUUAUGCAUGUGACUAAUUAUGACUUCUUGAAUGUUAUUGUUCUGAACUUCA